AUGUGGACUAUUUUUAUGUUUCGAAAUUUUGCCUCCACCCAAGUCUUAAUAAGGUUAUCUGACACUUCGCAGAUUUUGUCUCCAUGUGUUCCUGCAAAAAAAAUGGAAAAGUCCUCUGAUCUACAACAAAGAGAAAGUCCUACCACCAGCGAGGGGUGGAAGAAAAAAAAAAGCCUACCACCAGCGAGAGGUGGAAGGAAAAAAAAGCCUACCACCAGUGAGGGGUGGAAGGAAAAGCCUACCACCAGCGAGGGGUGGAAGGAAAAAAUAGCCUACCACCAGCGAGGGAUGGAAGGAAAAGCCUACCACCAACGAGGGGUGGAAGGAAAAAAAAGCCUACCACCAGCGAGGGGUGGAAGGAAAAAAGAGCCUACCACCAGCGAGGGGUGGAAGGAAAAGCCUACCACCAGCGAGAGGUGGAAGGAAAAAAAAGCCUACCACCAGCGAGGGGUGGAAAGAAAUGCUCUUCUACUCACAAA